AUGCGCAUCCUUUACCCCAAUUCCGGCUCCCACCCGCGAUAUUGUUCCCAACAGCAUGGGACGGAAGUCUGGGCUCAAAGAAAAGGGAAAACCCACGCACAGGCACUCGUUCAGAACUCUCCAUCGCCGCGGUGCGUCCAAGGACUCCCAGGCCCAAGGAUGAGGGACAGCCCCCCCUCUCCGUGGCCCCCGCCGUUGGAACCUUGGAGGCUUGGGCUUAGACCCCACCGAACCACAACUUCAGAGCCCACAACCGCGCCUCGGGGGCUCUGUCUUUCCCUCCCAGGUCUCUCGCUGCCACCUCUGGUUGGCCCGGGUCUCGGGGAUGAAUGGGUCCGGGUCGUUGUGGAUCAACCUAGGUCGUCUCCCUCCCCCGGGACCCCCGCCCACACCACACCUAAUGUUGCCCUUACCCAGAAGCUCAAGCACGUCCAAGGGGGAAGAGGAUGGGAACCCAAAGGGAAGAAAAGAGAGAAGAGAGAGAGAGGGGGUCAAGCGGUUCACGCGAAUCAAGCCUCAAGGACCGUUGUCUAG